AUGGCGAUCCACGCCGAGUCACCAGAUGGUGUUCCCCAUCGCACCGACUCUGUCCAUAACAUUGACAACAAAGUCGGAGGCACACCCCUUACCCAUAACAUCGAAGAUACCUACAAAGUCUCAGAGCACAUACUAUGGGCUCCUCGAAAGAUGCGGAUCGCCUGCAUUGGUGCCGGAGCUUCAGGCCUGAUUUUGUGUUACAAGAAGGAAAAGGAGUUUGGGGACAGUCUGGAUCUUGUAGUAUACGACCGCUAUUCCGCCUGCGGUGGUGUCUGGCAUGCCAACAGGUAUCCGGGCUGCCGCUGUGACAUCCCAUCUCCUUCAUAUCAGCUUUCAUUCCACCCCAAACCGGAUUGGUCGAGAUACUGCGCCCCGGCUUCGGAGAUUCAGGAAUAUUACCAUUCCUUUGCCAAAGAUCAGGGAUACCUUGAAAAAUACAUCAAGCUACGCCAUGAGGUGACGAAAGCCACUUGGAAUGCGGAAAGCAGUCAGUGGAUUCUGGAAAUCGACGAACUUUUGGGGAAUGGAGAGAAGCGGCACUUCCAGGAUAAAGUCGACUUUCUCGUUUCAAGCAUCGGUGUGAAUAACACCUGGAAAUGGCCUGACAUUCCAAACCGCGAGUCUUUUGGGGGCAAAAUAAUGCACUCGGCAGCAUACGACCCGUCGGUUGUUCUUAAAGAUAAGACAGUGAUCGUCAUUGGGUCUGGAGCAUCUGCCGUACAAAUAGUCCCGGCUAUAAAAGGGGAAGCAAAAAAGGUGAUCUCAUUUUACCGCACGCCUCAAUGGAUCACCGGAGGCCUCAUUCCGCUCGCUGGGUAUACGGAUGAGGACGGAGGAGACUUCUCUUACACAGAAGAGCAGAUCGCCGCUUUCAAGAACAACCCCGAAUUAUACUUGAGUCACCGAAAAUAUGUGGAAGACACCAUCAACAGGGGGUUUGCGCUGAAUUUGCUCAGUCAUCCUAUCCAAGAAGCGGCACGCCAGCAAAUUGAGUCCAAGAUGACCGACGCUCUCAAGGGAAACAAAAGACUUGAGAAACGUCUAAUCCCCUCGUUCCCUAUAGGAUGCCGACGAAUUGGUCCAGCUGAGGGCUUCCUAGAGUCUUUUCAUGAGGAGAAUGUUGAGUUGGCUGAUGGGGACAUCUCAACCUUCACUAAGACUGGCCUGAGAACAAAGGAGGGCGUCGAGUAUGAGGCGGAUGUUAUCAUCUGUGCAACAGGCUUCGACGUCAGCUUCCGUCCCCAUUUUCCGAUCAUCGGCCGCAAUGGCGAGAGCCUCGCGGAGACUUGGAAAGAUGAGCCUGAAGCUUACUUGGCUCUUGCUGCCCAUGGCUUUCCAAAUCUCAUGUUUGGGUCUCUUGGUCCAAACUGUCCAGCAGCCCAUGGUUCUUUUACUACUGUACUCGAGGCGGCCCAGAACUACGUUUGUAGAGUGAUUCGAAAAAUGCAAAUUGAAAAUAUCCGAUCUAUUGAGGUCAAAGCAGAAGUUAUCAAAGAAUACAAUGAGCAUGCCCAUGAGUGGCUCAAGCGAUCUGUCUGGUCGGGAGGCUGCCGUUCGUGGUACAACCAGGGCAAGCCAGAUGGGAAAAUUACCGCGCAGUAUCCCGGAUCUCUUGUUCAUUGGCUUUUUAUGAUGAAUCGACCGAGGUUCGAGGAUUAUGAUAUCAAGUACCGAAGCAGAAACCGUUUCGAGUUCAUGGGCAACGGGUUCACUGACAUUGAAGUGGACGUAGGAGACGUGUCUUGGUAUUUGAACCCGGAGGAGGUGGCAAAGCCAUUAUUCACUUCUUUGAAUCCUGUUUAG